AUGGGAGACUCUCCAGUGGUUCUAUCGCGGUACAACUCAAGUGGCCAAUUUUUGGCGUAUGUCACGGUCGCUCUGGAUAAACAGCGGGUGUCUGUGGAGCCCACAACGGCAUCCAAGGGUAACGGAAGGCCCAACGAGAACUUUCUCUACAUGGAGGACUCCAGCCUGCGUGUGACGUGUCUGGAAUGGGUCACUCUGGCUUCCAGCGACUCGCAAGUUGUCGGGCUGGGCCUCAACUCCGGGGAAGUCUGGCUGUAUGCCCCUGCGGCUAACCAGGUCGUCUACAAGAUGUCCACGGGCAACAUGCAUGCAAUCCGGGAUUUCAAAGUACAGGAGGAGUUUAUGUGGUGCUGCGAUCAGGCAGACACGAUCUACCGCUUUAAGUUGGCCGACUUUAGCCUAGACUGCCAGUUCAAGGUGGAGGGGUGCGCAAACUUGCAAAAGCUGUGCGUGGUGGACGAAUCACACAUUUUAUUAGCUUCCCACUCGGUGUCGCUCGUGGACAUUGCUACUCGGAAGGUUGUGAAGACGUUUCCGGGCCACAUCUCUGCGGUAACACACUUGGCGCUGCUGAAUCCCUCUAGCUUCCUGACAGGUGCUAGUAACGACAGAUUUUUGAACAUAUACGAUUUGUCUACCGGAGCCACGAAAUCCGUGCUAGUAGCACAAGCCGACAUAACGCAGGUGUCCUUCUUCCAGGACCUUGUCGUGGUGGCCACUACCGAGAAUGGGUGCACCGAAAUUUUCCCAGACCCUCUGGUCAAUACCAGCAACAAGAGACGUAGGGUUGUUUCCAAACAGUCCUCGAGUCAUGUCAAGAUCCAAAGGCCAGAAACGCAGGAGCCCGUACAGACCAUCAACGCCUUUGUCAAUGCGGACACCAUCAACUUAAUGUGGCUUGAAAAUGCAAGCAUUCCAUAUUUCGAUCAGUACCAAUGGGCCCAAUUUUCUGCCACACACAUUAUAACAAAGCCCCGUCCCUCGGCAGUCUCGGCUCAGUCCAAGAGGUCCCUGCAUGGCGAAGACGUUGCAGCUGCCAAAUCGUACGCAGAGGGCAAUGCCACUGUCACUUCUGGCGAUAAUUUCAAGCACGUCGAAGAGGCCAUCGCCGAAUUGGAAAGAACAGGUUCGGAGGAACAGGACUCUCUAGCUGAUAAACUAGCCUCGUCUUCGAUUGGAGGAGGUCGCGUAGACUCAAGAAAAGCCAAAAAAAGAGCUACCACGGGCACGCUUACCGUGGUUUUAUCGCAAGCAUUGCAAUCGCACGACCAUUCUCUUCUGGAGACCGUACUGAAUAAUCGCGAUGAGAAUAUUAUCAAAGGCACCAUAGGGCGGUUGCAACCUCCUCUAGCAGUUUUGCUGCUGGAGAGGUUGGCCGAACGUAUUGCUAGACAGACUAAUCGCCAAGGUCCGUUAAACGUAUGGGUGAAGUGGUGUUUGAUCAUUCACGGCGGAUACCUCGCGCGGAUGCCUAACCUAAUGUCGAGCCUGGCGUCGCUGCAUUCGACUUUGCGGAAGAGGGCCGAAACCUUGCCUCGUCUACAAACACUAGAAACUCGUCUAAAUCUUUCAUUAAACCGGCUCGAAGCCUAUCGCGCCAGGGAUGCUUUAUCUAAGGGCCAGGCCUUAUUAGACCAGGAAUAUAUGGAAGGUAACGACGAAGAAGAAGAAGAAGAAGAAGAAGAAGAGGUGGAAUACAACGAAGAGCUUGACGAUGCGGGCUUGAUUGAAGACGGCGAAAUGGACUACGAUGAAGACGAAGACGAUGACGCACCCGACUCUGACGUAGAUCAAAAUGGUGUGUCCCGCUUGGAAUCCGAAGAGCACGACUUCCAAGAUGAUCCCGAAAUGAACCCAGAUGUUGAGGAAGGGUACAGCGACGUCGAGGUGGAAUGA